AUGUAUUGAGCAUGGCGUAUGAGCUUUACAAGAACGACAAGGGCAAGCCAUUUCUGCUAGGACAUUGCUGGAGGGAACUGAAGCAUGAUCAGAAAUGGAUCACGGAGGAGUGUAGCCAUAAGCGGACUAAACUCGCUUCAGAUGGAGCAGGAGCAUCCUCACCCGGAGAGUGCAAUGAUGGAGCUGAGAUGAGGCCUCCGGGGGUUAAAGCUUCUAAGAAAAAAGGGAAGAAACCGGCUGUGACUAUUGAUGUAGAGGAUGGUUCUGUUGGUAAGCUAGACAAGAUCAUUGCAAUGAAAGAACAAGAACAAGCGGCUAAAGAGAGACACGGCAAAAUGAGACUGCUAGACAGCCUCCUUAACAAGACUGAACUAACAAGUGCCGAACAACUUCUUAGGGACAAACUCGUUGACCAAAUGUUGACAAACACUUAGGUUUUGCGACAACAAAUUAAGGUGAUACGAGAAGGGAAACAUGUGUUGUCAAAGACAUAGAUGUGUUGUGUUUACACCCGUGGAGGGGUGUUGUUUUUAGUUGUUGUCUUGUUGUCUUGUUGUCACGGGUCUGUGAGUUGUUGUCUU